CAUCAAUAUAUUUAAAAACUAGUCCCUUUAAACAUGAAUUUAUUUUAGGACUAUGGAGGAAGCGGACACAAUAACAUCAAGAAACAAGGAGUUUCAGGUCAAAGUUUAACGCUGUCAAGUAGUUCACCCAUUCAGAAACACAGCAAAGAUUUCAGAUCCCGAACUGUAAUUAAGGAAGCUAUUAUGGAAAAUGAUUUCCUCAAGAAUCUUUCCUCGGGUCAGGUAAGAGAACUGGUGGAUGCUAUGUACGAGAAAACUAUUCCUAAAGGCUGUUACGUCAUCAGAGAAGGUGAAAAUGGAUCCCACCUUUACGUAUCUGGAGAGGGGGAGUAUGACGUCAUCAAGGAAGGAAAGGUUCUUGGAAAGCUCGGAGUUGGAAAAGCCUUUGGAGAACUUGCAAUUUUAUAUAACUGUAAGAGAACUGCUUCUAUCAAGGCUGUAACUGAUGGUAAACUUUGGACGUUGGAGAGGUCUGUCUUCCAGACAAUAAUGAUGUCCACAGGAUUAAAGAAAACAGAAAAACAGGUGAACUUCUUGAAGAUAGUUCCCCUGCUGUCCACCCUCCCCUCCACCCUCCUCUCCAAGGUCUCCGACGUGUUGGAGCUCGAGGUCUACAAGAAGGGAGAUUAUAUUGUUCGAGAGGGAACAUCAGGAGACACAUUCUAUAUAAUCUGCGAUGGGAGUGUGAAGGUUACCAAAAAAGGGGAAGGAGGUUCAGAGGAGGAGAUUAGAACUUUAAAGAAAGGAGAUUAUUUUGGAGAACAGGCCCUGUUGAAAACUGACCUACGAACUGCAAAUGUUGUGGCAGUCUCAGACUCACUUGAAUGCCUUACACUGGACAGAGAGUCAUUUUUCCAGCUCGUUGGAGAUCUUAACGAGCUUAAGGACAAAACAUACAAGGAUAUUCCAAAUGGUCGGGAUGAGAAGCAUGAGACAGAUAUACAGCAGACUAACAAGGAAUAUAUUGAUGUUACACUUGAUGAUUUAGAGGUUAUUGCUACCCUAGGAGUGGGCGGGUUUGGUAGAGUUGAACUAGUCAAGUGUCGGAACAGGCCUACUCUGGCGUAUGCCUUGAAAUGCUUGAAGAAGCAGCAUAUUGUAGAAACCCAGCAACAGGAACAUGUUUACUCAGAGAAGAAUAUUCUAUUGGCUUGCAGGCAUCAUUUUAUUACAAGGUUAUUCAAAACGUUUAAAGACAAGAAGUAUAUAUAUAUGCUGAUGGAAGCCAGUCUUGGAGGAGAGCUCUGGACUAUUCUCAGAGAUAGAGGAUGGUUUGAUGACAGCACUACUAGGUUCUAUAUUGGAUGUGUUGUCAGUGCAUUCGAUUAUCUUCAUUCUCGUGGUAUCAUUUAUAGAGAUCUCAAACCAGAGAACCUUCUGCUAGACAAGGAGGGGUACAUCAAGAUGGUGGAUUUUGGAUUCUCCAAGCGAAUAGAUUCUGGGAGGAAAACCUGGACCUUCUGUGGAACCCCUGAGUAUGUUGCCCCUGAGAUAAUAUUGAACAAGGGGCAUGACAGGGCCGUGGAUUUCUGGUCCCUGGGUAUCCUUAUGUACGAACUUCUCGCGGGAACACCUCCCUUCACUGCCUCAGAUCCUAUGAAGGUUUACAACAUUAUUCUCAAGGGAAUUGAUCAGAUAGAUGUACCUCGUCAUAUCAGCAGGGUUGCCGUGACGUUAAUGAAGAGGUUCUGCAAGGAGAACCCUGUGGAGAGGAUCGGAUACCAGAAGGACGGGGUGCAGGAUAUCAAGAAACAUCGAUGGUUUCAGGGAUUUGACUGGGACGGAUUAAAUGCUAAAACUCUGACUCCUCCCAUCCUACCAGCCGUCGCUUCAGCCUCAGAUUCAUCCAACUUCGAUAAAUAUCCCAGGGAUGAAAAUAUUCCUUCAGAUGAACUGUCUGGAUGGGAUAAGGACUUUUAAUUCAUCCAUCCUGAAUGGAUGAAUCGUUAUUUUCUGUGUAAAGGGAUAAGUGUAAUUCUAAUCAUCCCCCGACCAA